CCUGAUUUUGAUAAGGGAUUGUGAGAAGAUUCGUUUUGCAACCACUCGAAACAGAAUUACAAGUGAACGCGAUCGUUUGACAUUCUGCUGUUUGGGGCGUUAUGCCACGUUCAAUACAACUGGGAAAAUCGAUUUGAACAGCCAUCCAACUAGGAAUUCCAACUCUUCCUAGAGCUCUGACUUUCCGAACUUAAAAUACAGACUUCAUUAUUUGACCUCGUAUUUUUCCGUGUUUUGAACGCUUCCAUUAUACCACAGAUAGACAUUGAGCCAGAUAUUAAACCGGAUGUAUAAAUGUGAAGCAUCCGGUUGGCGUUUCCUCUCACUACCAAAUAUGUUAAUGCGAGGAAGCCCAGUGACCGGCAUGGUGAGAUGAUGGAGUGAGAUGGAUUUUGGCCAACAUUCUGCUAAUUUUCUAAUCGAUGAAACAUUUGAUCUCCAUGCAGUUUUAUGUUUCCAAAACUAUAAUCUAUAACAAACAGAGUGGACUGCGUUUUGCAGACUUUACCCUUUGCCAAAGUAAAACAAAAAUGCGUUGUUUAGGAGUGCGAAUUGCCUUAUUGCACACGCGCACUUCAUAGUAUGCGUUUCCUAACGAAAAUAUGCAAAAAAAUACUAGAACGUGCCGUUGAGAUCGCACUAGCUAGUGCAUGGCUCUUCCCAUCUCCUUGCUUGUUCUACCCACCAUGAUUAAUUUCCUCCCAUUGGAAACGACAGCCUCUGGUCUAUCUUGGGUUAGUUAUAAAAAUCUUUGGUUCUACGUUCAUUCAUUACCCAAGGGUAACUAUAUCUCCUCCUUUCUCGAAUGUCUCUGUAAUGCAUCGUUGUGACCAUAGAAAUAAAACGGAUAGACAGGUCUGCUUGCAAAAGUGGGUCCUUCCUUACUCUGGGUGGGGUGACAGUUCUAUUAAUUUCUAUUCUGUAUCAAAGAAGCACAAGGUCUAAGGAUGAUGUGAUGAGACAACACCAACCAGGGCAGGUGAAAAUCGUAUUUGUACUGGCUGAUUAAACUCUAGCUAAUGUAUAAUGAAUAUAUUUUUAUUUAUUUGAUCUGUAAGUGGUUUACCGUAGCCUUUUAAUUAAUUAUUUGUUUUAAUCAGUAAUGGCGACCGAGUGCACCCAAGAAGCGGUUGUUCAAUUUCUAACCGAGCGAGGAGGGAGAGUGAAAAACCAGAUAUUCAUUGACUAUUUCAAAGCUGUUUUUCCAGAAGACCCUGACCAGAAAGCAAUUGUUCGGGAGAAAUUCAAGGGAUACGUGGACAAUGUCGCAUUUGUAAAGUUGGAGAAUGGAGUGAAAUGUGUAUGUUUAAAAAAGAAGUAUCGAGUUUCAUUGAAGUGUACAGUGGAAAAAGACAGCGAGUGCAAUGGUAACGGGACAGGCACCCUAUUGGAACAAGAGGACAGCGGUGCUGCUAUAUCAAAAUCAUAUAAGAACUUGAUAGAAGAUUGUGCACCACAACUGCAUCUGUCAGUAUCAUCUGCUGGGCAUGUGCACUCUUGGGAAAUCACUGCAAACGAAGAGGCACAAGACAUUUCACUUGGCUCAGGUUACGGAACUGACAAUGCCACGAGAGCGAGACCGCCUGACAUUUCUGGAAUUCUUUUGGAAGGUAAAAUUGUAGAAAGAGCUGCGUCAACAAGGUCUGUAGUUCAAAAUACUAGUUUAUCAGACAAUAUGGGAAAUGCGUUAGGCAUUGGUGGUAAUGCAGAGAAGAAAUUGACCAAGGGGGACAUUCAUUGCAACCGCACGACAUUGCAACCGCAUGACAUACCGCAAAUUGCAGUGAUUGAGGCGUCACCUUUACCUACAUCCGCGGAUGGCUCUAUGUUCCCCUUACCCAUACGUCCAUUUCCAGCUAAUGCACAGGACAGCCUGCUGUCCCGUCACCCUUCAACAGAGGACGGGGCAGACGAAAGCCAGUAUUAUGAUUUUCAACAGAGCAUAUCUGGGAGUGACAGCUACACACCUAAGAGUAGCCGUAAUAACUUUAUUGAGCUCAUGAUGAACAGCUCCCUCCAGGUGCGAUGCAGCAUGGUGUUGAGGAACUCGGACUCCGCCUCUGUGGUUUCCUCUACUACAGACGAAGACGGUGCUUCAGUCACUCUGGACCCGUUGGAACACGAAUGGAUGAUGUGUGCAUCCGACGGCCAAUGGGAGAGUCUCCACCGUCUCCUUUCCUCUGAACCGAACCUUGUCAUGAAGAAGGAUUUUGUGACUGGGUUCACCUGCCUGCACUGGGCCGCAAAGCAGGGCAAACAAGAGCUGCUGGCGCUCCUCGUGAACUUUGCCAAACAACACACAGUGCCCAUCAACAUCAACGCCCAAUCAAGUGCCGGCUACACGCCCCUACACCUAGCAGCAAUGCACAACCAAGUUGAGGUGGUGAAGUUACUGGUAGGAGCCUAUGACGCAGACGUAGAGGCCAGAGAUUACAAUGGGAAAAGGGCGUGUCAGUAUCUUACAAACAGUGUGGCCGUUGAUAUCCGUGACAUCAUCGGGGCGGGUGUUGGCGGCGACUCGGACUCAGAGAACACAGACUAUGGGGAUGGGGGACGUUGGAGGUUGUCUAAAGUUCUCCAGUCUAAUCUGACGCCCCUCAAACUGCACAAUCACAGCGAGGAGGACACAGGUGAUGGAGUAGACCAGGCCAGACAGAAACCCUUGCUGAGGAAAUCGUCCUUUAGCAAGAUGAGGCCCAAACUCCAGAAGAUCCGCUUCAGAUCUUCGCAGAUAGUUCACAGCACUUCGUUCCCAGCACACUGUGAGACAGAGGAGCUUAACGGGUCCAGGAAAAGCUCAUUUAAAUCCAGACCCAUGUCAAAUCUGUUUGGCUGAAGAAUAGCCUCUAAGUACACCCGACAAAGAGCAAAUCAAACUACUACAGUGCAGAAUGACUGACACAAUGGGGUAUAGUUUGAUGUUACAAGUUUUUGUUUUUUUGUGGCAUAGGCCAAGUCUGGUGUUACACAUACUUAAGGGUUUUUACCCCAGGCAUUAUAUGAAUAUACUGAACUAACAGAAUAUGGUAUUACAUGAUCUAUUGAGUAACUGGCCAGAUGGUCACCCCUGGUUAGGCUAAAAAUAUCUGUGAUAACUCUCUUAUCAUUCCGAAGUAGCCAAGUAGGUCUUAUUGUUUGUCUGCUUGAACCCUUAACGUACGUGUAAAGCUGUCUGUAACCCACUGGGCAAAGAUGUCAUUUUAAACGUCUAGUUUUGAUUUCCAUUUGGUUGAGUUGAACUAAUUUGAAUUCGGUGUGAAAUCAACAAAAAAUGACACAAUGUCAUUGGAUUUAGGUUAAAAGUUGGGUGAUUUAAAAAGAUACGAUUAACUUACAUUGAUUACUUUUUUUCAAAGCCAAUCAGUUUUCCACGUUGGUUUGAUGCCUUCAUAUUGACUUUCUUGGGGGGUUGAAAUGACUUGGGAACCAGGUUGACUCGAUCUGUUUUUGCCUAGUGGGAAGUGUUUAAACGUCAAGUUAUUUCACCACAUGGUAGAAACAAUGUCAUUGAUUUCACAACGCUUGGGAACAAUUCUAUGUUAUUACUGUCAGACUGUUAUUCGUUUAUUCUCCCUUUUAUAUUUACGUUGCUUAAAGCACUUUGAUUUUAAACUGUUAUUGAUCCAGCUUUCCUGCGGUUGAUGCCAUUCAGUCCACCUGAAAGACUUUGAGAUGGGAAUUUAGUUCCUCUUUGUGUUCAAGUGGACGAUUGGAGGCCAACGAAAAGGCCUCUGGUCCUUUACGUCUGUAAUCAGGGUCAGUAGAGGAGAUUUCUGUGUCACAAGGUAUGCAGUUGUAGAGUGCAUGGUAGGCCGACUGUUUAUAGUGAUGAAAGAUCAGGUCUCAUAACUAUUCACGUUUAAAAAGGUACAUUUUUUUGACCUGAUAGCUCCUUAUUUUGAGUUGUCUAAGGUUACAGUCGGCUGGUUUCAAGUUGUAGGUUACCCUCUGUUCUGUUUUAUAUCAACAAGCUCAGGCUUGCUGACCCAGGAGAGCCUAGCUCAGCUGAGAGUGAGCAAGAGAGACUAGUGUACAUUUAGUGCCUUCAGAAAGUGUUCAUACUCCUUGACUUAUUCCACAUUUUGUUGCGUUACAGCCUGAAUUCAGAAUUGAUUAAAUAUAUGUGUUUCUCACCAAUCUACACACAAUACGCCAUAAUGACAAUGUGAAAACAUGUUUUUAGAAAUGUUUGCAAAUGUAAUUAAAAAAAAAAAAAUAAUGCAUAAAUAUCUCAAUGACAAAAGUAUUCACACACCUGAGUCAAUACUUUGUAGAAGCACCUUUGGCUGCUAUUACAGCUGUGAGUCUUUCUGGGUAAAUCUCUAAGAGCUUUCCACACCUGGAUUGUACAGCAUUUGCCCAUUUAUUUAUUUUUUAUUCAAGCUCUGUUCAAAUUGGUUGUUGAUCCUUGCUAGACAACCAUUUUCAGGUCUUGUCAUAGUUGUUCAAGUAGAUUUAAGUCCAAACUGUAACUCGGCCACUCCGGAAAAUUCACUGUUAUCUUGGUAAGCAACUCCAGUGUAGAUUUGGCCUUGUGUUUGAGAUUUUUGUCCUGCUGAACUGUGAAUUCAUCUCCCAGUGUCUGGUGGAAAACAGACUGAACCAGGCUUUCCUCUAGGAUUGCGCCUGUACUUACCUCUACUCCAUGUUGCAAUUUUUUUUGCAGUAUUACUUUAGUGCCUUGUUACAAACAGGAUGCAUGUUUUGUAAUAUUUUUAUUUGGUACAGGUUUCCUUUUCACUCUGUCAAUUAGGAUAGUAUUGUGGAGUAACUACAAUGUUGUUGAUCAAUGCUAAGUUUUCUCCUAUCACAGCCAUUAAACUCUUUCACUGUUUAAAAGUCACCAUUGGCCUCAUGGUGAAAUCCCUGAGCGGUUUCUUUCCUCUCCGGCAACUGAGUUAAGAUGGACGCCUUUAUCUUUGUAGCGACUGGGUGUAUUGAUACACCAUCCAAAGUGUAAUUAAUAACUUCACCAUGCUCAAAGGGAUAUUCAACAUCUGCUUUUUUAUUUUUACCCAUCUACCAAUAGGUGCCCUCAUAGCCGUGGGGAGUAAGGGUGCUGAAGGUGCUGCAGCACCCCCUGAAAAAUCAUAAUAAUAAAAAAAAUAUGAAUAAAAAAUAUAAAUCAUCUUUUGGAAAAUAACAUUUUUUUUCACAAAAGUGAUGCACUGGGCCUUUAAUAGUCCUGUAUUAGUGAAUUGAUUUAGCCUUCUGUUAUAGCCUUUAGUUUUUGUGCAAUUUUGCACUGAAUUCUAACACUUAUUUUUACUCUGCACGUUUGUUAUUUGUUAAUAUAACUGGAGUUUAUUUAAGAUUUUUUAUAUUUAGCAAAUCAUUGUCUCACAUGUACUAGUCUAAUUGUUUGUCUAUAUUAGAUUUAAGGCCUACUACAUAUGGCAUUAACUGUUUUGGGGGAAUUUAAUGGUUUCUCAGUCAAUGGUUUUUAUUGCUGAAUAGCCUACAGUAAUGCUACAUAGUUUACUGAUUUUGCUACUUGAUUUUAUUGUACAGUUUUGUAUUCUUGCAAAAUUAGCUCUUACCUUUUUAUUAUGCAAUUAUUAUUUUUUGUUCUUUUAUCAACCACUUGCUGCUAAUUAUGAUAUUCAAAGGGCUGGAACGGUAUUUCUCUUGUCUGUCUGUACAAUAAAUUAUAUUAUAGUCCUCUUUUUGAUGAUCAAACAAAAGAAUGUUAACAUAAAAAAAAUCUGACACCACACUGUCUACAAUCAUUUAAGAUCCCCAUGUUCAAUACUCUCUGUCUUCAAUAAUGUUUUCAAAGCUAAGUCUGUAUUCUUAUCAUUUGGAAACGUAUUCCUACAUCUUUGUGUUGCUUAACAGAAAUAUCAAACUACUGUUAGCUCUGCCUUUACCCAACCUGAUAAAUAAACUGUCAUACUGUCACUAUUGA